AUGCCUGUAUGGAAUCAGAGUCAUUACAGCCGUGAUCCAACAGUAGAUGGGCUGAACGAAGCCCUUGCCAUAAUUCCUCCCCCCGAACUCUUAGCCAACAUCAACGGCAUUCAAGAACGGUGGAAAGUCGCUGUCCUUGCCUUACUUGUUCAUCAACUACACAACGAUGGCGAUCACAUCAAUCUUACUCACGAAUUUCACUCUCUUACUUCAACUCACUACUGUACGGGAUCAUCACGGCCUGGUCCCACUCAGCAAACCAACCAACAGCAGCGGAUGGCUCUUUGGCAGAUGCGCACUGAUCACACAAAGACUAUCCUGGCUCUUAUCUUUGAUCUGUGUACCGCACUUGAUCGGCUUACUGGUGGCUCAACAUUGUUUUUCCAUCACCCUGGUGCUACUGUUCCAGGUGGUGAUAUCACCCAAGAGUCACUGAAAGCCGAUGUCUACGUUAACCCAAGGGUGCUUGCAGAGAAUGAGGAAUUACAUCAAAUUGUUGCAGAGCUAUCUCAGUUUUUCAUUGAGCGUUUUGCUACGCCUCUCGCACAUCGCUUUGCUACUUGUUGUACCCUCAACAAUUGGCCAGCGUCCAGUGGAUCUAGCACGACACCAUCACGUUCCUCUACAGCGAAUUACAACCGUGUCCCCCUCGUCCCUGCACCACUCAUCAACUCAUCAUGCCAUUUCCAUGUUCAAGGCUGUCCUUCCAGCAGCCUUGCCCAGCUUAUUGGUCUCAACACCACCCUUCUAUCAGUUGUUCCACAGGGGUCACCCCUUACCUGGAAUAUGAAAGCUGUCCCUAUUUUUUCAGCACCAGCAGAUCCGAACACAACAAACAUUCAGGCAAUAACAUCAAACAUUCAGGCAAUUGAUUUGCGGAAAUCUACUAAAUGUCCUGUGGUCAUCUAUGAGUCUGAAGAUGAAGAUGAUGGUUACCCUGAUACCAGCCCUAUUACUCCCAUUAGGAACAAGAGCGCUGUUAUCCCGUCAGCUAUGAAAGUCAGCAAACAGAGAGCUCUGCAGUCACCAUCUCCACAAGCUGUUCAACCUUCCUCCGAACUUCAGCGCACAAUCCCUCCGUUGCAGGUCCAGCACGAGGUCUUAAGAUCAUUUGGUCCUGAAACGGAGGAAGUCAUUGAUACACUUGGGCUCCCUGACACAUUACAUACAAUAUGCGCUAAUAUCGAGAAGGCAUCUCUACCGAAAUGGUGGGUUGCGAAGCUAAUGGAGGAGGCUGGUCUUAGUAUGGAACAAGCUGAAGCAAUUUCGGAGGCUAUGCUGCAGGACGCUGGUUUCUUUUCAUCAAAAUCCAUUGCGUCUCUGCUUGCUCUCAUUAUGAAUCCUCGCACUCAUCACCCACAACGACUAAUGACGCGUACUCGUGGGCCUUAUGUGAAGGUCUCCAAGGAGUUCCGUGCCUUACUCACUCACAGAUGGCAUGAAAAAUGCAUGACUGAAGAAGGUGAAGUACAAGCUGUCCUUUGCUAUCUAGAGGACAAAGCCAUAGAGCUCGCACGAAUUUUCAAGAAGCCUCGACGCCAUUACCUGGAGCGGUUUUGCUUGGGCUCAAAACUUCAACAUGCAAAGUCCAACACUGGCAAUAGUGCACAAGUUGGGCGCACAAAGAUGUCAGACAUCAUCAAGGACAAGGCCGAAUACGAUGAGCUUAUGGAAGAUGAAAAGAAGGCUCUCGUUGCAGAGUUUGAUGAAUUCAAAAGCCAUGCUGCCAAACGUCCACCUAAUAUUACAGCUCGCACUAAGUCAACUGAGUGUGCAAAAAGCUUUCAGGCUGUUAGGGACGAGCUCGAGGCACUUUCACAACGCGCUGGCAUAGAGGAUUUUGUGUUUAUGGUUCGCAGCACAUCUGACUUUCAGAUGACACCGAAGGCAUUCUUUACCAGUGCUGCCUGUGAGCACUUCAUGCGUGUCUACCUGCGGCGUGAUGCUGCAUGUACUGCCACUGACUUCGGAAGUGCAAUGCUUUUGAAGGGGAUCUUUACUUCUGCAGCGACCAACCAUAAGAAUCGUGUCAUAGAAGCGAAGCAAAACAUUCGUGCCAGUUUGCGAGCAUCUCUUUGUGAAGUUACCAAGGAUGCAUCAGCAACUGUAGAGUUCACUCGCUAUGAAGUUGCAAUUGUCCGCAAAUAUCACAUCAAACUUGUAGGUUGGAACCACCCCCAAUGGGCCAAUCCGUCUGAUCUGAAGGGCGGGAUUGAGGCACUUGAGAAUGUUGUUGCUGCCAUUGCUAACAAUACCUGCCGCUUUGUUGAGAUUACAGCAGAUGAAGUAGAAGAACACCGACAAAAAAUUGCAGAUGGGGCAGUUCUCACACCCGAAACCGAGCCCCGCCUUCCACCACCACCUACUAGUACCCUUAUCUCGUCACCACCCUCUCAGCCUACAACUUUGUCGUCUGCAGAGCCCUGCCUUCCACCACCACCUACUACCCUUAUCUCAUCACCACCCUCUCAGCCUACACCUGUAUUGUCCGCAGAACCCCACCUUCCACCACCACCUACUACCCUUAUCUCAUCACCACCCUCUCAGCCUACACCUUUGUCGUCCGCAGAGCCCCGCCUUCCACCACCACCUACUACCCUUAUCUCAUCACCGCCCUCUCAGCCUACACCUGUAUCGUCCGCAGAGCCCCACCUUCCACCACCACCUACUACCCUUGUCUGGUCACCACCCUCUCAGCCUACACCUUUGUCAUCCGCAGAGCCCCGCCUUCCACCACCACCUACUACCCUUAUCUCGUCACCGCCCUCUCAGCCUACACCUUUGUCGUCUGCAUUAGGUGAUUUUGGUGAUUCUAUUUCAGCCUCCGGUGCUUCCUCGGCAUCAGAGUUUUUGAUUGACACACACAAUUCAUUUGAUACCUUACCAGAUGGAUCACAGUUGGAGUCUUGGCCAUCAUUACCUAUUAGCUCAAUCACCGAUGAUCUGGUAGACCCAAGUCUUCUCGCACUCAGUAGAGAUACUCAAAAUACUGCCUACAAUGAUAGCGCGCCCCCAACAACGAGUCAGCUCCCUCUCCACCGCAACAAAAGGCUGUCAGAUGCUGUGGCACCACAGCCAUACACAAAAUGUGUGAGAAAAUUGACAGAGAAACAAGCAGCGCUUGAGGAUGCUAGGAUAGAUUCUGAGCAGCAGAGGAAGAGUAAGAAAAAAGGGACUUGA